ACAUCCGUUCCUUCUACGCGAAAGAAUUUGCAGUCGUUUUGAUCUGUAGAAAAAUAGAAACAACUCCAAGCUCCCCGUGCUUCUCACGGGUUUUCCGCCCGUUGUUUCGUGGCAUCUUAUACGCACUUUCGGAGUAGGAAUGUUAUGUUUCUACUACGCUGCUUUUCUUCGCGGCCUUCAACCUUGUUUGAGGUUUGGUAUGCGUCGCACGUUGCUUACACCAGUCCGGAGAUCGAUUGAUCUGCCGUAUGGAGGGGAUGUUGGAAAGUGGUGAAAAUUUUGCGUUGAAAACUCGAUCAUUUUGCAAAUCCUGCUUGCAACACUACGGCGAACGACAGCGAGAAGGCAGAAGCAGCUUUCGUUAGCUUGUGGGCAAAUUGUGUAGGGAAAUAUUGAAAAAAAAAAACGUGAAUAUUCUUUAGUGUCGAUCAAAUCGAUCGAUCCAGUGCAAUAGAAGUGCGGAACAACAUCGUCAAGGCGAGGCAAUCAGGCACCGACGUGAGAUCGUUAAGCCAACGUGUGCUUCUUGUGUGAGUUCUCGUCAGUAUCAAUCUUCUUCAGCGGAAAGUGCGGUAAGGCGGCAAAACGGCCAGCAUGACAUCCGUCCAGAGCCAGGAAGAUCUUGAAGCACGUAUAGCACGCAUCAAGAAGCGGAAUGAGGAAAUUGAGAAGAAGUAUCGCGAGGCGGAAGAGGACCGGCUGCGUGCAAUGAAGGAAAACGCCAUGGUGGAGAUAAAACCGCCCAAGGACGACGAUUGGCCACGGGAGCACAAGUACGAUAAGAUCGAUUUUAACUACGAGCUGGACGAAAACACUCUGGCACAGUUGGAAGAGAGAAAGAAGGAAAAAAAUGCUUUCAUUCAGAAGAUAGCAAAAGAGUAUAAAGGAUUCGCGGAAGGUGAAGGCCCUCCACCGGAUCCGGCGUACAGCUUUCUGGCCGAUGUAGAACGCGACGGCGAGAAAACGGGCCAAUCUGGCGAAGGUGUUGGCGGAGGCAGCCCUAAUGGCAAUGCAUCUAUACUCACUGCUAACGGUAGAAGUCCGCCUGGCAAGGGUCACACCGACCAUCAUUUCGAUCGUCGCAACCCAAACAACAGAAGCGGACACAGGCAAGGCGGUGGAGGGACACUGCCCGGUCAGAGUGGAGGCAGAACGAGGGGAGGAGCCAAGCCACAACAUGGCCACCACCGUGAUCAUCAUCAGCAUCACGGUGGUGGGAGCACUAACAUUCAGCGUUCGUUUUCAACAAACGAACAUGAUGGUUGGCGAUCGGCAACCGGGGAGCAGCAGCGACGAAAUGCCCGUGGAACAACGCACGUAACCCACGAAGGGCCCGGACAUUGGAGGCGCGGAGAACAGCAAGAAGGGCACGAGAACCACCGGAGCAAGGAUGAUAGCGGUUUACUGCAUGCCUCAGCCAAACUGGAACCGAGCCUGACGGUAUCGGUAACGCGCGAUGGCGAGUUUAAGAGUGUGAAAGUUACAUCUCCUCCGAUUAUAGGGAGUGGACGAGUUGGGCCUCGUCAGGCGGCGAAGCCCCAAUUUCAGUUUCACACCGGUCACGGAGAUCACAAUCAGCCUCACGGUCAGCACCACUUACCACUCACCACUGCCAGUGCGGGCCGUAAAGAGACGCACCCGGGUGACCAUUUUAAUCGCAACACCGCGGGUCGCAAAUCGGAUCGUGGUGGAGAAAGUGCCAAAAAGACCGGGCCCAGCGCAAACUCCUCCGGCAAAGGGGCUGGAUCUGCGCCCAAGAGUAGCAGUUUGCAGGAUCGGUUAAAUCGCAACCGUACGAUGGGUGUAACGGGUGGAGCAGCAACAGCACCACCACCAGGCAGCGAUAAGAACGAAAACUUUAUUGCUACCAAAGUCAAUCCGUCGCAACCCGUCGUGUCCGGUGCGGCAAAGGCAACGCUCAAGACCAUCUCGAAAAUUAUUGAAAAGAAUGCGGAAAUUGACGAGAAGCUAGCACGCGAACUGGCGCGAGAGAAUGAAAAGUUGGCCACGAAGGUAAAGGAGCUACGCCUGCAGCAGGAACAGUAGGGCCGGAUCAGAAUUGACAUACUGAAGGUAAGGGAAUGAGGUGAACUGUUCCCGGACCAUGGCUUUGGUGCCUCAAUCACACGAGUUACACACAUACAAUGGUAUGUGUUCAACUCAGUGAAGCACACAGAUUGGUUUUUUUAACUUAAAAUGCUUUCAGAGUGAAACAUGAAUGUGGCAUUCAAGGAAGUUUUUGAGAUUUCCACAUCUUAUUGGACAAAUUUGGUACACCUAUUUGGCUGUGUGAAGCUAACAAAAUUUGAAUUGGCUUUUUAACGAUCUGUAAAGAACGUUUAAAAUUAUCGUUGGUGAUGACUGCAGGAGCAAAAACUGUAACGUGCAAUACGAUCUUACUCAACUGGUGUAAGAGAUGUUUUUAGAUUUCAUACCAUUAGUCCUUCCGUUAAUGCUCACGCAUUGUCAAUUGAAUUUGCUUUUUAGUCGAAAUUAUCGACUGAUCGGCUAAAAUCGAUGGACUGCACUUUUAAGCACGAGAGGCGUGGUACACUACAACGUGUACGAUGAAAAGAGAUUUACUUUGGCUUUACAUGUGUAAUGUUCGAUCGCUUCGAAUGUGGUGGGCUUUUGUAAGGAUUUUCUAUCAUUUCCGUGCCGACGGAAACUGAUUGCAAAACAGGCCGCAAGCUAGUGUACACUCUCAUUCUUUUUAUUUAAAACAUUUAAUCACGCUGGUUCGUUUGAAUGAAUUGUGUACACAACAGCAGUAAUGAGAGGGGAGGAUUAAUCGUUGUAGGUAAUUUACACUACCGAACGCUGUACGCAUAGAGCAUAAGCAUUUAAUUCGGAACGUUCGCAUUGCGGUUCAAGUGCACGCAAGUUUAUUUAUUGUUAACCAUAAACACCCUACUUCGUAGCAUUUUAACCGGAAGCGGAAGCAUGAUUUUAAAUUUUAAACGUUUUUUUUCGUAUUUCUUACCCCUUUUUUACCCUAACUUUAUCGAGCAAUCAAUUUUAUCGAGGAUAUAGUGUACCAAUGAUCCUAAUUUAUCACGAUUGUUUAAUAAAAAAAAACAAGUUGCAAAUAUUAA